AUGCUACAGCAUCUAAUAAUUUUUUUUCUUGGAUUGGUUAUUCAAAAUUUCUGCUCCCCGGCUGAAACCACAGGACAGGCAAAAAGAUGUGAUAAGAAGUCUGUUCUAGCAAGUAGAACCGAGUGUCGAUCCUGCUCAGUCAAUUUCGAAGUCAAGUGCCCAGAUGGUUACAUCAAGAUCACCAAUGGCUCCGUGGGGGUUCGAGAUUGCAGGUACACCCUUGUGAUCAGAACAUACUCUCUGUCUCUCCCUGGAUGCCGCCAUAUUUGUAAGAAGGACUAUCUCCAACCUCAGUGUUGUCCUGGCCACUGGGGCCCAGACUGCAUGGACUGUCCAGGAGGAGCGGAAUCCCCCUGCAGUGGCCGGGGCAGUUGUGCAGAAGGUAUGGAAGGAAAUGGAACCUGCUCUUGCCAAGAAGGGUUUGGUGGAACAGCCUGUGAAACCUGUGCUGACGACACCUUAUUUGGACCCAACUGUUCAGCAGUGUGCAGCUGUGUGCAUGGGGUGUGCAACAGUGGACGAGAUGGUGAUGGAACCUGUGAAUGCUACUCUGCGUACACUGGUCCCAACUGCGACAAGCCCGUCCCUGAAUGUGCAAAGUUGCUCUGCCCAGAAAAUUCCAGAUGUUCGCCUUCUAGUGAAGAUGAAACCAAACUGGAAUGCAAAUGCCUUCCUGAUUACCAAGGCGAUGGCAAGCGUUGUGAGCCCAUCAAUCCAUGUUCAGAUAACAUCUGCCACCCUCACGCCCACUGCACAUACCUGGGACCAAAUCGGCACAGUUGUACAUGCCAAGAAGGUUACCAUGGGGACGGCCAAGUGUGCUUGCCAGUGGACCCCUGCCAAACUAACUUUGGAAACUGCCCUCCAAAGUCUACAGUGUGCAAAUAUGAUGAGCCUGGACAGUCUCACUGCGAGUGUAAGGAGCAUUACCACAAUUUCGUGCCUGGAGUGGGGUGCAGUAUGACCAACAUCUGUGAAUCACAUAACCCGUGUCAUAGGAGUGCAAACUGUACCACCAUUGCACCAGGCCAAACCGA